AUGAUCAGUACAUCGAAUGAACAAUUUUCUCAGUUACAAAAAGUGACGGUUGCUAUUCAAUAUCCAGCAGCAGUUACAGCUUGUAAUGUGGAUCUUGAAACAUUAAUUACUGAUUCCAAUCGUUCGAUUGCAACAUUAGCUAUUACAACUCUUUUUAAAACAGGUAAUGAAGCGGGUGUUGAUCGAUUAAUGAAACAAAUCUCAUCGUUUUUGUCUGAAAUAUCGGAUCAAUUCAAAACAGUUGUUGUGGAUGCGAUUAAAUCAUUAUGUCAAAAAUUUCCACAUAAACAUACAGUUUUAAUGGCAUUUUUUGUUAAUAUGUUACGGGAAGAAGGUGGUUAUGAAUACAAAAAAGCAAUUGUUAAUACAAUUAUUUCAAUUGUUGAAGAAAAUCCUGAAGCAAAAGAAGCAGGUUUGGCUCAUUUAUGCGAAUUUAUCGAAGACUGUGAACAUACAUCAUUGGCUACUCGUAUUCUUCAUUUAUUGGGUCGUGAAGGACCACGCACCACGACACCAGCUAAAUAUAUUCGUUAUAUUUAUAAUCGUGUUAUUCUUGAAAAUGCACCUGUUCGAGCUGCUGCGGUGAGUGCAUUGGCUAAGUUUGGUGCUGCCUCCGAAGAAUUAUUACCAAAUAUUUUGGUACUUUUACACAGAACAACACUCGAUCAAGAUGAUGAAGUUCGUGAUCGUGCUACUUUUUAUUAUCAAUUAUUGAAACAUAGUGAUAAGGCAUUAAAUUCAGCUUAUAUUCUCAAUUCAAUGAAUGUGUCGUUGUCAGCACUUGAACGUCUUUUACAUCGUUAUACAAUGGAACCAACAACUAAAGCAUUUGAUGUUAAAUCUGUACCCAUUGAAACAGUUCAUGUUGAACAACCUAAAACCGAUAUCAGUAUUGGUGUUGGUCUUCCACGUGGAGGAACGGAAUCAAAAACAAACCGAGAAGAUACUUAUGGCGAACAAUUGGCUGCUAUACCAGAAUUUGCUCAUUUGGGUCCAAUAUUCAAAUCAUCACUACCAGUUGAUUUAACUGAAAGCGAAGUUGAAUAUGUUGUACGAUGUAUAAAGCAUGUUUUUAGUCAUUAUAUUGUGUUUCAAUUUGAUAUCAACAAUACCCUAAAUGAUCAAUUGUUAGAACGAGUAUCGGUUCAAAUGGAUGGAUCAGCUGAAGGCUUUGAAGUUGUUCAUUAUACUCCUUGUCAAGUUAUUAAAUGUAAUGAUACGGGUUCAACUUACACAUUAGUUAAAUUACCUGAUGAUUCAUCAGCGGUAACUGGUUCAUUGGCAUGUACAAUGAAAUAUACGGUUAAAGAUUGUGAUCCUGCAACAGGUGAACCGGAUGAUGAAGAAGGUUAUGCUGAUGAAUUUGUGCUUGAAGAUGUUGAAGUUACAGUUAGUGAUCAUGUGCAAAAAGUACUUAAAACGAAUUGGUCGGCUUCAUGGGAAGAAAUUGGAGCGGAAAAUGAACUUGAAGAUACAUAUACAUUAUCAAUUGCAACGCUUGAAGAAUGUGUGAAGAAAAUAAUAAGUUAUAUGGGUAUGCAAGCUUGUGAACGAUCAGACAAAGUUCCAGACGGCAAAGCAUCACAUGCACUUUACUUAGCGGGCGUCUAUCGUGGUGGACACGAUGUACUUGUUCGAGCAAAAAUGGCAUUAGGUGGUACAACAGCAGAUGUCGGAGCACAAGCUAUUACGAUGCAAUUAACAAUACGUUCGACGGACGAAUCUGCUGUGCAAGUCAUUGCCUCAGCAGUCGAGUAG